AUGGCAGGAGGUGGAGCUGCACCACAACCAAAGCUAGAUGAACUUCUUCCACAUCCGGUUAAAGAUCAAUUACCAAAUGUUUCUUUUUGCAUUACAAGUCCUCCUCCAUGGCCCGAGGCAAUCCUACUUGGUUUUCAACAUUACCUUGUGAUGCUUGGUACAACUGUUCUAAUUCCAAGCUCUCUAGUUCCUCAGAUGGGAGGAGGAAAUGAAGAGAAAGCAAAAGUGAUUCAGACUCUACUAUUUGUGGCUGGAAUUAACACAUUUUUCCAAACAACAUUUGGAACUCGUCUACCUGCGGUUAUUGGAGGAUCCUACACUUUUGUGCCAACAACUAUUUCAAUUAUUUUGGCUGGUAGAUAUAGUGACAUUGUGAAUCCUCAUGAGAAAUUUGAGAAGAUAAUGAGGGGAACACAGGGUGCCCUUAUAGUUGCUUCAACACUUCAAAUUGUUCUUGGCUUUAGUGGACUUUGGCGCAAUGUAGUGAGGUUCUUAAGUCCUCUCUCUGCUGUUCCAUUGGUUGCUCUCUCAGGCUUUGGACUGUAUGAAUUUGGAUUUCCUGUGCUUGCAAAAUGCGUGGAAAUUGGACUGCCAGAAAUCAUCAUCCUAGUAGUAUUUUCACAGUACAUUCCUCACAUGAUGAAAGGAGAAAAGCCUAUCUUUGAUCGAUUUGCAGUUAUAUUCUCGGUGGCGAUUGUGUGGCUCUAUGCUUAUCUUCUUACUGUUGGUGGAGCUUAUAAAAAUUCAGCACCUAAAACACAAAUUACGUGUAGGACAGAUCGUGCCGGAAUUAUAGGCGGCGCUCCUUGGAUAAGAGUCCCCUAUCCCUUUCAAUGGGGAGCUCCAACAUUUGAUGCUGGCGAAACUUUUGCUAUGAUGGCUGCUUCAUUAGUUGCUCUAGUAGAGUCAACGGGUGCUUUCAUUGCUGUGUCAAGGUAUGCGAGUGCAACACCAAUUCCACCUUCAGUUCUUAGCAGAGGUGUAGGUUGGCAGGGAGUGGGAAUAAUGUUAUCUGGAAUCUUCGGGACGGGGAAUGGAUCAUCAGUUUCUGUAGAGAAUGCAGGACUCUUAGCUUUGACGCGUGUAGGUAGCCGCAGGGUUGUUCAAAUAUCAGCUGGAUUCAUGAUAUUUUUCUCAAUUCUUGGAAAAUUCGGAGCUGUUUUUGCUUCAAUUCCAGCACCAAUAGUUGCAGCUUUAUAUUGCCUUUUCUUUGCCUAUGUGGGUUCUGCAGGUCUUAGCUUCCUUCAAUUUUGCAAUUUAAACAGCUUUAGAACAAAAUUCAUCUUAGGCUUCUCUAUUUUCAUGGGAUUCUCUAUACCACAAUAUUUCAAUGAGUACACUGCAUUUAAAAGCUAUGGUCCGGUACACACCCGCGCAAGAUGGUUCAAUGACAUGAUCAAUGUCCCAUUUGCAUCAGAAGCAUUUGUUGCUAGUUUAUUGGCAAUGUUCUUGGACGUAACGUUGCACAAGAAAGAUAAUCAAACACGUAAAGAUAGAGGAAUGCAUUGGUGGGACAAGUUCCGUUCGUUCAAGACAGAUACAAGGAGUGAAGAAUUUUACUCUCUUCCUUUCAAUCUAAACAAGUUUUUCCCUUCUGUGUAAUUAGACCAUGCUCUUAGAACUUGGAUGGUGAUGUUCAAUUUGAAGAAACACAAUUUUCUUCAUUCUUAAUGUAGCAAUAUGAAUAUUGUCAUUUUUUCACAAGAAUGUUGUCAUAUUGAAUACAAUAUCAUGUUGUAGUUGUA